ACUUGCCUUAUUCAAACUAGUGUGAUGCUUCCUUCGCGCAGCUACAUGACCCUGAGUCACCCCAAAGCUACAAUUCAGCCCUUACUUUAUCAUUUCCGGUAGCUGUGUAAGACUUUGAUACGACUUUGUUGUGAUCACCCUGACUGCCCCCUCAAGAUGUCUUCACCGGAACAGCUUCGCCUAGGGUGGAUCGGUCUUGGAUCGAUGGGUCUGGCCAUGGCUAUCAACAUACAGAAAUAUCUAGAAGAGAAAACACUUCCUCCACUAAAGUAUUGGAAUCGUACGCUAUCACGCGGAGACGUUUUAAGAGAAAAGGGUGCCGUUCCAGGUCAAUCAAUCGCAGAACUAGUGCAGAGCUGUGAUGUGAUCUUCAUCUCGGUCAGUGACGAUCAAGUUCUCAAAGGAGUCACCAACGAAGUGAUUGAGAGCGGUCCUAUCGACGAAAAGAUUUUCGUUGAUACUACGACCGUCCAUCCAUCAACCACAACAUCCAUCACCACCUUACUUCAAAACAAACAAGCAUCAUACAUCGCUGCCCCUGUAUUCGGCGCAACACCCCUCGCUCAAUCCGGCACUCUCCUAAUCGCCGUAGCCGGCUCCCAUCAAGCCAUCCAGGCCAUCUCCCCCUUCCUAAAAGGCGUCCUAGCCCGCGCCGUCAUCGUCGUAGGCUCCGAGCCCUCUCAGGCCCUCCUACUGAAAACAACGAGUAACUUCAUCACUGCCGGCCUCAUGUAUCUCCUCUCGGAAGCACACACAUUCGCUUCGAAAACCGGCCUACCAGCUGACGUGCUUGAAUCCCUCAUUGAACAGAACUUCGGCGCGUAUGCGCACGGUGUGUCUAAGCGUCUCACGUCCGGCGCGUAUUUCCCUGCGGAAGGGCAGGCACCGAGCUCAGGCCUUGAAUUGGGCAUCAAGGAUGUAGGGCAUGGUGUUAGUCUGGCGAGGGAGAAAGGAAUGAAAGUGGAGGUUGGAGAGUUGUAUCUUGGGGCUGCGGAGGAGGCGAAGGCGUUUGGGGACGAGAGGGGGAGGAAGUGUGAUAGCAGUGCUGUGUUCGGGGUUGUGAGACAGAGGGCUGGUUUGGACUUUGAGAGUGAGGAAGUGAAAGAGAGGGAUGCUGCGAGGAGAGUGUAAGAAACACGAGAAAUAUAUGGAACUAGUAAGGACAACUCAUACAUAAAGUUAGAAAUAUUAAGCAUAGCGAGACUCAUGCACAUAACAAGAUGAGCAACACUAGCUUACCGUUAUGUAGGACUAUUUUCUUGCAUUACGUGUGUAUCACACACCGGUAAGCAACGCAACUACCGAAUAAGACUGUGGCAUCCGUGGCGCUGAAUUGCCACAGUAAUAGUAGCCGGCGAAGGCAUACAAACAAUAAUACC